AUGGAACAAACAACUUUUACUACAGAAAAUCGUGUAUUACCAUGUUAUUACAUCUCUCAUGGUGGUCCACCAUUGGUGUUAAAUCAUGAUGAUAAAGCCUAUAACUUUCUGAAAAGUUGGGGAGAAAAGAUUUUAAAUGAGAUAAAACCAAAAGCAAUUGUUGUAAUUUCGGCUCAUUGGGAAACUGAUGAUACAAUCAAAGUUGGUAGUUUUGAUAAUACAACACCCAUUAUUUAUGAUUACUAUGGGUUUCCUGAUAAAUUGUACAAACUAAAAUAUCAUUCCAAAGGCUCUCCAGAAUUAGCCAAGAAAAUUGUGGAUUUAUUAAAUGAGUCCAAAAUCAAAUCAGAAAUUGAAAAUAAACGUGGUUUAGAUCAUGGAUGUUGGAUUCCAUUAAAAAUUGCAAUACCAGAUCCUAAAGAUUUACCAAUUAUACAAGUUUCUUUGAAACGUCAUGCUUCAUACGAUUUUCACAUUAAAGUUGGUAAAGCUUUGGCAUCUUUAAGAAAACAAGGUGUUUUAAUAAUAGGAUCUGGAUCUUUGGUUCAUAAUCUGAGAGACAUGAAUAUUCAUAUGUUUAGUUUGGCUCCUUAUUCUCAACCAUUUGAAAAAGACGUUGAUUCUUAUGUUACGAAUUUUGUUGGUAAUGAACGUGAACAAAAAUUAAUCAAAGAUUUAUCAUCUCAUCCUCUGUUAAGAAAAGCUCAUCCAACCGAUGAUCAUCUAGUUCCGUUACAUUGUGCAGUUGGUUCUGCUGGUUCUGACCCCGGUAGGAAAAUAUAUGAAGAAUUAAUAAGCUCUUUAAGCAUGGGUGUUUAUGAAUUUGCCAAGAAUUAA